GGCGGGAGGGGAAACACGUUGUUGAACACUUUUAUUGAUUCGAGCCCCAGUUCCAGCGCGUUUCGCGGCAGUAUCGAACUGUAACAAAAGUGCAACGUUUUCACACUUUCAGCGCUUUAAUUGAAUUAAAACCGCGUCUUCUGUUCUCAAGAGGAAGAUUACAGGUUUGCCGCCAUGUGGAUCCAGGUGCGCACUAUGGAUGGCAAGGAGACCCAUCGGGUCGACUCCCUGUCCAAGCUCACCAAGGUGGACGAGCUGCGCGUGAAGAUCGCCGAGCUCUUCAACGUCGAGCCCGAGAGGCAGAGGCUCUUUUACAGGGGCAAACAGAUGGAAGAUGGCCACACGAUCUUCGACUAUAACGUCGGGUUAAACGACAUCGUGCAGCUUCUGGUGCGGCAGGCGCUGCCGUCCACGCCGCUGCCGAAGGACAAAGAGGCUGAACUGUCCGACUCGGACUCGGGCUGCGGCUCGGCUCAGAGCGAGUCCGAUAAGAGCUCGACGCACGGAGAGAGCGACGGCCAGAGCGCCGGGACCUCGGGGCAGACCGACGCGUCCGAUCUCAUCGACCCUGGCUUUGGCUAUUACAAAAUCAAUGAGUUUGUGGAUGCUCGAGACUUGAACAUGGGGGCCUGGUUUGAGGCGCAGGUUGUCUACGUGACAAAAACAAAGUCUUCGAGCGAAGACGGAGAACCUGAUGGGGGCGAGGAGGUCAUUUACCAUGUCAAGUAUGAAGAUUACCCUGAGAACGGCGUGGUGCAGCUGCGCGGGAAAGACGUCCGUCCGCGCGCCCGCACCGUCUACCAGUGGCACCAGCUGGAGCAGGGCAUGAUCGUGAUGGUCAACUACAACCCGGACGAGCCCAAGGAGCGUGGCUACUGGUACGACGCCGAGAUCCAGAGGAAGAGGGAAACGCGCACCCAGCGCGAGGUUUACGGCAAGAUCCUGCUCGGAGACGCUGGCGAUUCUCUCAACGACUGCCGCAUCAUGUUCGUGACCGAAAUCUACAAGAUCGAGGAGCCGGGAAGCGCGGAGGGUCCAGGAGCCUCUUCCGACAGCCCCCUCAAGAGGUCGAACGGACCCGAGUGCAAGGUCUGCAAAGACGACCCGAAGAAGAACUGUCGCAUGUGUAACUGCCGCGUUUGCGGCGUGAAGCAGGAUCCCGACAAACAGCUGCUGUGCGACGAAUGUGACAUGGCCUUUCACACCUACUGCCUGAACCCGCCGCUCACCACCAUCCCCACCGACGAGGACUGGUAUUGUCCUGAAUGCCGUAACGACGCCAGCGAGGUGGUUCUGGCCGGAGAGAAACUGAAGGAAAGUAAGAAGAAGGCCAAGAUGGCGUCUGCGAGCUCGUCCAGUCAGAGAGACUGGGGCAAGGGUAUGGCGUGUGUCGGCCGAACUAAACAGUGCACCAUCGUUCCCUCCAACCAUUACGGCCCCGUUCCUGGAGUGCCGGUGGGAACGCUGUGGAAGUUCAGAGUGCAGGUGAGCGAGUCUGGCGUCCACCGGCCUCACGUCGCUGGGAUUCACGGCAGGAGUAACGACGGCGCUUACUCUCUGGUUCUCGCCGGAGGCUACGAAGACGACAAGGACGACGGCAACGAGUUCACCUACACGGGCUCCGGGGGUCGCGACCUCUCGGGGAACAAGAGGACGGCCGAGCAGUCGUGCGACCAGAAGCUCACCAACAUGAACAGGGCCCUGGCUCUCAACUGUAACGCGGCGGUGAACGAGAAGGAAGGCGCCGAGGCGAGAGACUGGAAGGCCGGGAAGCCCGUGAGAGUCGUGCGCAGCUCCAAGGGACGCAAACACAGCAAGUACUGCCCCGAAGACGGCAACCGCUACGACGGCAUCUACAAGGUGGUGAAGUAUUGGCCAGAGAAGGGCAAGUCUGGCUUCCUGGUCUGGAGAUACCUGCUGAAGCGUAACGAUGAUGAGGCUGCGCCGUGGACCCGCGACGGAAAAGAGCGCGUCAAGAAGCUGGGCCUCACCAUGCAGUAUCCCGAAGGUUACCUGGAAGCCGUGGCGGCGAAGGAAAAGGAGAAAGAGAAGGAGAACAAGAACGAUGAGGAGGUUGAGGAAACGCCCACCAAAGGCAAGAGGAAGAGGAAAUCCCAGACAGCGGAAGACAAGAGCUCUCCGGCCAAGAGCACACCGAAGAAGAUGAAAGUGGAGGCGUACAAACUGAGCAAAGAGCAGAAGGCCUUGAUCAAAGACGACGAGCUCAACAAGAAGCUGUGGGACGAGGCCAUGCAGUCUCUGAACCUCGGGCCGCGCUUCAUCAACAAGGUGGAGGAGGUUUUCCUGUGCAUCUGCUGCCAAGAAGUCGUGUUUCAGCCCAUCACCACAGAAUGCCAACACAACGUCUGCAGGGAGUGCCUUCAGCGGUCUUUCAAAGCCGAGGUCUACACCUGUCCGGCCUGCCGACACGACCUGGGCAAAAACUACCAAAUGACGGUGAACAAGCCUCUCCAAGCCGUCCUCACCCAGCUCUUCCCCGGAUACAGCAGCGGCCGGUGUUGACGCUGACGCUGUCGGCGCGGCGACGACACGCGGCACGACAGAAUUUCCCGAACGAAACAUGGAUUUCGUUCUUUUUUUAAUAUAUUUAACGAAUGCAUCAGGUCGUAGGAUCGAAGGAAACGCCUUCCGCCUUGAUUGAACGCCGCUACUUGAUUUGGCCCUGUUUUGUGAUCCGCCUCUAUCUAGCCACUUGAUUUCCGUACGCUGUAGUCGUUUCUUCCGGAUUGCGGUCUCCGUGUUUGCGAGUGACGUGAUUCUAGUCGUGUUUUAGCUAUAGCAGCUUCAAGUGACGUAUCGUUGCCUCCUUGUACCUUACACCAGCACAAUGAACCAUAGCUAUGCACAAUUAAAAUGUUCGUUAAUCGCUUUUCGCAGCAAUUUGUCAUUGAUUUGUAUGAAAACGCUGGCUCUAGAAUCUCGUUGCUUCACGAAGUGCGUUUUUACAGUACCAUCGUUAGCACUAAAUGAACUAACGAAUGCUCAUGUAACACCGUUUUUUUUUUUUUUUUUUUUUUUUUAUUGCGCCAUUUGAAGUUACGCUUUCGUACAAAUGCUAGUUUAAGGUGCCGUAGCAGUAGCGUUUUUUUUUACUAUUGUUAGCGUUAGCUAAGAACUAUCUAUGCACUAUUAUGAUGUUUCGUUUUUCACAAGUAGAUUUGUCCAAAAGCAGAAUCCGGUUAAAAUUGUCCCGUUGCGUUAUGAUCAGUUUUUUUUUUUGUACCACAAGUAACGUUAAUUAACUCUAAAUGAACUAGCUAUGUUUAUUUUUUUUGCCAUAAGCUUUUGUACGAACGUUAAAAUCUGAAUGUGCCGUAGCAGUAACGACUUUGCCGUACUAUCGUUAGCGUUACUAGCUAAGCACUUACGAUGUUGGCUAAUGUUUCGCGAGCGGUAAUCUGACAUCGCGCAAAAGUGCUGGUAUUUUUAUUUUAACGUUCGUAAACCGUACCAUCUAUAGCGUUAACUAAAUUGAAAGAACGUGGCUAUUUACUAUAAACAAUGUUUGCAACGUUAAUCAUUUGACGUUUAACGAGCUUUUGUACGAAUUAACAUCCGUGAAUUUAAGGUGCUGCAGCCGUGACGUUUUACUAUACCGUUCGUAGCGUUGACUAAGUAAAAAAGUAACGGCCAUGUACUAUACACAAUAUUCGCAAUGCUAAUAUCAGGUUUUUCCUUCGUAAGAAUAUUGAGAUCCACGAGUUUACGGUCCUAUAGCGGUAACUUUUACUGUACCAUCGUUAGCGCUAACUAAAUUUGAAUUAGCUAUGCGUUUGAGGACGUUAUCGCCAGCAGGUUUUGUCGUUUACGACAAAGGCAAGGCUUCGUACAAAUGAGUAUAAGGUGCCAUAGCUUUACUAGCGCACAAACGUUAUUACUUUUAUAUCUUUUAUCGUACUACCGUUAUUGGUAACUAACUAAAUUUAAUAAAAAUUUUACCUAAUAGUAAAUUUACGUAAAAACGACAUUGCUUGAUGCAUUUUUACUCUUUUGAUAAGCAACUAAAUUUUAAUACUAUGAAAUUAAUAGGUAUUAUCCCUCUAUUUUUUUGUUUGUUUUUCGUUUAUUUGCUUUGCUUUUUAACUGCUGUAUGUUCUUUAGAAAUGGUGUCAUUUUUCCACUAACUUCUGCCGUUAUGCAAACAGUGGUCAUGCGCGUGAAACCGCUCCGCGAUCUUCGUUUUCGGCCGACGUUUUUGAGUCGAUCCCAGAUCCGGUUUUAAGCGCUCCUGGUCUGCCUUGACUUAUCGGAGGUUUUCGGGGUGAAUCCUCGAACCGUUUUUCGCACAAACCCGUACAGAUUCUCCUUCAGGAAGUAUUUAAUUGCAUCGUCUCUUUCGCCCGUUGACGUUCUUUUGCUUGUUGUGAGGGUUAUAGUGUUUGCUAAAUAAAAUGCCUAAGGCUGCAGAUAAUUACCUUCGUUUUAUUAUUUGUUUCCCUUAGUUAUACCUCAACUAUUUCUAAUAUUUGCAUAGAUUGGAACUGUAUAUUCUGAAAUUUUGAAAUUGUAUAUUUUUUAGCACUUGUAUUUAGCAAUUGUAUGUAGUGCUUGGUGCAUAGCUAUUUUCUUGCACCGGGAUGAGUGCUAUAUUUUUCAAUAAACUUUAUUAAACUUUUAUAUAAAAAUAAA